AUGUACUUUAGCGCGGCGCGCACCGAGGCGUUUGUGCGCGAGCUGCUGGGCCUCAUGUUCGCAGACCCGGCCCACGAGUCCUUGCCGCUGCUCGACAGCGUCGACGUGUUCGUCAUCCCGGACCACGUGACGCUGGCGGGCGUGGUCGCGCAGGUCGCACAUCACGGAAUCAUGGUCGGCGCGCAGGACUGCCACAGCGAGGACGCCGGCGCGUUCACGGGCGCCGUGUCGCCGGCCGUGCUGGCCGAGGUCGGCUGCCGGCUCGUCGAGCUGGGCCACGCCGAGCGCCGCCGCCUGUUUGCCGAGACGGACGCGUCAGCGGCCGCCAAGGCCGCCGCCGUCGUGCGCAACGCCAUGGUCCCGCUCGUGUGCGUCGGCGAGGAACGAGAUGAUGAUGAAGACGAUGACGAACCGCACAUCGUGGCGGCGGCCGACGAAGUGCUGGUGCAAGUGCGCAGCGCGCUGGCGGCGGUGCCGGCCGACACCGACGUGGUGCUGGCGUACGAGCCCGUGUGGGCCAUCGGGGCCAGCGCGCCGGCACCCAUCGACCACGUACGAGCCGUUGUGCGCCGCGUGCGUGCCAGCGAUGCCGUGCGCGCGCGCGCCCCCGGCCGCACGCGUAUUGUCUAUGGCGGCAGCGCUGGCCCGGGCCUGUUCACGCGCAUCGCCCCCGACGUCGAUGGGCUGUUCCUCGGCCGCUUCGCGCACGACCCUGCCCAGUUCUUCCGCACCGUGUGCGAGGUUGCCCAAGCGCCGUGGUAG